AUGUUUUGCGACUUCCAUAUCAAUAUUGCUGAACCAAGAGCUUUCAUGUCUCCAAAGUCUGUUUUGAUCACUGGCUCUUCAGCUGGUGGCAUCGGCAGUGCCAUUGCCCUCAAGCUCGCCAGAUGCGACUCCUCAAAUCACAUCUUUGCAACCGCUCGCAACACAUCUAAAAUCUCGGAGGAACUCUCCAGUCUUCCAAAUGUCACUAUUAUUCAGCUGGAUGUGUCAUCAGAGGAAUCGGUUGCAGCUGCUCUUCAGGUUGUAACUGACAGUGGAAUUGGCCUUGAUGUGCUGUUAAAUAAUGCGGGUACUGGCUAUGCGAUGCCCAUCCUCGAUAUCGACAUAGAAAAAGGAAAGGAAUUGUACGAGGCAAACUUUUGGGGCCCUAUUCGACUAAUUAAAGCCUUCUCCGGCCUCUUGAUCGCUAGUCGUGGUAGAAUUGUGAAUAUGAAUUCAGUUGGUGCCCUUGUUAAUACGCCCUGGAUAGGUGAGUUCACACAGUGCAGAGCCUAGCUCGUCGUCUUGCAUUCUAGUUGUUGGUCUAAUCCUGUCUGCAAAGGUGUAUAUGGAUCUUCAAAAGCUGCACUGGUACAAUUGUCGGAGACGUUGCGGCUUGAGCUUUCACCAUUUGGUGUAGGCGUGACCACAAUCAUGGGUGGAGUUGUUGACUCCAAAUUUCAUACAAACGAUGAAUUCACCUUACCAGCAAACUCUCGUUAUGCUUCGAUUGAGGAGAUCAUUGCUAGCUGGGCAAGUGGGGAAGCAAAGCCAAAAGGUUGUUCUGCUGAGGCGUUUGCCGAAACUUUGGUUGAAGACAUUGUUGGCAACGGGAAGGGGAAGAACUUGAUAUAUAGAGGUCCUCAUGCUGGCAUGAUCAAAUUCAUGACUGAAUGGUUCCCAACCAUUAUGGUGGUGCGUAAAUCUGAAACUUCUUUGCGUGUUCAACUUACUCAUAACCGAUUUUUUCACAGGACUCGUUCAUGAGUAAGGGUCAAAGAUUAAAAGAACUAUCAGAUGAGAUAGUGAAAGGAAAGUGA